CUCAACUGUCCUAUGGGCGUUGCCCUUUCCACAUCCGUGAAAAGUCCGUGUGUGACAUUCUGGAAUUUCUCCACGGAUAUCAAGCCUGUCAUCUGAUUUAGCUGUGAAAAACGUGAAAUCCACUCGCACCAAGAUGUCCGUUUGGGAUGAUUUGGAUUUGCUGUUGGAUUCUCCCUCCUCACUCAGUUUAACUUCCAAUACAAGAGGUACUGUGAAGGACAAGGCCAAUUUUAAAGUGGAAGAGGAUGUGGCGGCUUUAAGGAAGGCAAUAGAGGGGAUUGGUACAACAGAAAAGACGCUCAUUGAGGUACUGACCCAAAGAAGCAACGCCCAGAGGCAGCUCAUCGCAAAGGCUUACGAGAAAGCCACAGGAAGGGCGUUAAUAGCUGACCUGGAAGGCGACACCCAUGGAGACUUUGAGGAUUUGUUGGUGGCCUUGGUAAAACCUCCUGCUGUCUACGACUGCCAUGAAGUAAUCAAAGCCAUCAAGGGUGCUGGGACCACCGAGAGCACGUUGACUGAACUCUUUGCCUCAAGAUCCAACAAGCAGAUCAAAGCCAUGUCUGAUGCGUACCUGGCAGAAACGGGAAAACUGCUGAUUCACGACCUCAAGUCGGAGGUGUCUGGUGAUUAUGGCAAAGCACUGCUCAUCUUGGCAGAGGGCAAAAGAGAAGAGAGCCCCAAUGUGGAUGCAGCCAAAGCCAAAGCAGAUGCCAAAGCUUUAUAUGAGGCAGGUGAGAAGAAGUGGGGGACCGACGAGGACAGAUUCGUCGACAUCUUGUGCCACAGGAGUGUUCCCCAGCUCAGACAGACUCUGGUGGAGUACAAGAACCUAAGCAAGAAGACUCUGCAGGAAAGCAUCGAGAGUGAAAUGUCCGGAAACCUGGAGGAGCUUCUGGUGGCCGUCGUCAAAUGUGUGAAGAAUGUCCCCGCAUACCUCGCAGAGAGGCUUUUCAAGAGCAUGAAGGGUAUGGGGACCACAGAGUCCACACUGACCCGGAUACUGGUCAGUCGCUCCGAAAUCGACUUGCUGGAUAUUCGAGCAGAGUACAAGAAGUUAUUUGGAUAUUCGCUCUACUCUCAGCUACAGUCUGAAGUGUCAGGCAGCUACGCCGACGCCCUAAAACAUCUGUGUGGCCAAGACUAACUCCCCCCAAAUUCCUGCAAUGACAAAUUGCAGUUAAGUGGGGAAAGAAAAGGGAUUUUUCCAAUAUCGAACAGUCCACAACUGACAAUGAGUUGACAGUAAUGUGGAAUAACUGUUUUGUUAUAGAGCCUUACAAAGAGAAUUUAAGAGUUUAUCAUUUCAUUGCCAACUGGUACCAGUAUUUUCUUGUCAACUGUUGAUGGAAACAGUCAUAGUAAAAACAGCAACACAUUUAUGUACAAA